UCUCGCAUAUCCCUGAGACGCAAGAGAGAGAAGCAACAGUUACUUUGCGUACUUUCUACUCUGUCCUGGUGAGUGACUCUCGCUUUACUGCUGCUGCUGCUGCUGUCUGGCCUCUCGCUUUCUGCGUCGUCUUGUGCUUCAUCUUGCUGCUGCUGUUGCUGCUGUUGCUGUGGCUGAUCUAGCGAUACGAGUCCAGGGGCUUCGAUCCUUGCGUCUGCUCCGUUCCUUAAAACCCAUAUUUAUUACUCUGCACUAAGACGCAUCCCGGGCCUUUUUUCCUUGGGCCAUUGCGAGGUUUCAAAGGGGGAUUUUCAGCUUUUUUUUCCUAUCCUUUAUCUUUCACUCCUUCUGCUGCUGCUGCGUUGAGCAAUCGGUUACUCGCCUGGAGACAAACAUCCAGGAGAUCACAUACAAGACAGCGAAAAGACAGCAUCGACAGAACAGACGACGAGACGACGAGGUAUCGACAGUCUGGAUGGUCUCGUCCGCGGUCUUCAGGGCACCGACUUCGACGAGUAACGCACUCGUCUCCUAGCAGACGCCAGAGAGCUCCCGCUUCUACCUCCCCCCAGCAGUCACCAUGCGGCGCGGCCUGCUCAUCUUCCUCCUCGUCAACACGGUCAUCAUCCUCUUCCUCGUCCGCAGCGUCUUCACCUUGCUCACCUUGCUCGUCGAGGAUGCCACCGACGACGCUAUCCAGAACGUCGAGCUCCCCGGGGUCAACUCCAGUCUCAUCGACCUGCGGCCCCAAUUGAUCCCCAAGAUCAUCCACCAGACCUACAAGAACGAGAGCAUACCUGAGAUAUGGGUUGGCCCGCGGAACGGCUGCAUAGAGAUGCACCCAGACUACGAAUACAUCCUCUGGACGGACAAGAAAUCAAGGGACUUCAUCGCCGAGCACUACCCAUGGUUCCUCACCACGUUCGACAACUACCCCUUUCCCAUCCAGCGGGCGGACUCGAUCCGCUACUUCAUCCUCGCACACUACGGUGGCACAUACAUUGACCUUGACGACGGUUGCAACCGACGCCUUGACCCGCUGCUCUCUUACCCUGCUUGGGUACGCCGGACAGCCCCUACAGGCAUCUCCAACGAUGCCAUGGGCUCUGUCCCCAACCACCCUUUCUUUCUGAGAGUUAUCAAGUCGCUGCAGGCAUAUGACCGCGCCUGGGUGCUCCCUUACAUCACCGUCAUGUACUCGACCGGCCCGCUCUUCCUCUCCGUCAUCUGGAAGGAAUACAAGAACACCGAUCCGGACGGCGUCAACCGUGUGCGAGUACUGCUGCAGGAUGCAUACAACCGCCACUCCUGGAGUUUCUUCACUCACCACCCGGGCAGCAGCUGGCACGGCGAGGAUGCACAGCUCAUCUUCUGGAUGGGGAGCCAUUGGAUGCUCAUCACCUUCUCUGGUUUCCUCGCGGCAGGCAUCGUCGGCCUGGCGCUCUGGCGAAUCUACCGUCGCGUCCUGUCCCUGGGCUCGAAGCACGCCCGUUACACACCCCUCGCAUCAGGCACAUCGUCACCACGCCGCUCCCUCUCACCCUCGCGCCGCAAGAUGCGCAUUCUCCCGCUCUUCUUCCAACGGUCACACGCCAAGAAGGAGGAUGAGGAGAUUGGACCAGAUUCGCCGUACGAAUUGGGCAAUCGAUAGUAAAAGAAAAGAAGGACAAUGCGAUGGCGGCCCCACCCAAUAGUAUUACAUCCGACCUUUCAUACCGAAGAAACAGAAUAAGAAAAGAGAAAGACGAGGAGAGAGACACUUAAAAAUACAAAAACAAGGAGAAAGAAACUCAGCCCGGGGACCUUCCACCUUCUGUGAAAAUAUUCCGUCA